CAAGCAGAAGGAAUUGUCAACGGUCAGCCCUCCCAGUGCGCAACGGAACGUGGCACGGUCUGCAGGUGUCGGUCACACAUCCUCACCAUCGUAUCAAACCAAGCAGGAUGAUCCCUGAUACAGGGUUACUACUGGCGUUGGGUGUACUGCUGGUUGUGGUAAUUCCACCAUCGGUAGCCAAACCGCGGGAGUUUAACUCGUCCGAUCUGGAAACUUUGGACAGUCCGGCGUUUUUGGCCGACAUACGCCAACAGUGCCGCAAUGCCACCGGCAACGAUCAGUCGUACCAGGAGCUCCAGGGCUACAUCUCCACGGUGCUGCCGCAGUGUUUUAUGCAGCACGUCAACAUGGAACAGCUGAAAACGGACACCGUCAACCUGGAGGACAAGGAAAAGAGACAAGUUUUCCAGAGAAUCUGUGCACAGAUUAACGAGUCGCUCGUGUGCCUAACGCCGGUGAUGGAAAAGCUUAAGCCCUGCCUGGACGGAGAGGAUGUGAAGAUCAUGGAACAGGUGGUCGCCACCAUCCCGGAGGCGUUGGGUAUGGCGUGCACGAACAGUGGUGCCCUGCUGCAGAACUUCACUCAGCCCGCGUAUCGGUCCUGUGCGAUGGAGCUGCCACCGAUGAUCGAGGAGUGCACCGGCGACCUGCCCGAGAGUAUGAAGCACGUUCCUUUCUCACAGUACUCCGACGAUCAGUGCGACGAAAUCUAUGGCAUGCGGGACUGUUUCAGCAAAAGAAUCAACGACUGUGGCGCUACCGGGUACAUGGACUUCUUCAUACUGUUCUACCGCAAACUGCUGGCUCUGACACCCUGCAAGUAGCAAGAUGCAAGUCUAGCAGCGACCUUACCCCAAUAAAGAGCAUCUACGUGGAUGUG